AUGUCCGAGAAGGCUUCAGUCCCCUCUGUCAGCAAUGGCACUCCUCCGCCAGACGACUAUGAACAGGAGCUCGAUGCUUUCGUGCAGCCACUGCGUAUUGACGAUACCACGGUGCACACCCUAGCAUACGAGUUCUCCAAGGUCUACAAGGAAUUAGCCCUGACCUCCGACGAGCAAUUCUUGCCAACCCCUGUGACCAAGCUCCCAACGGGCAAUGAGACCGGUCAAUUUCUGGCAAUCGAUGUUGGUGGUACCAACUUGCGUGUUGCCUUCAUUGAAUUGCUAGGUGACGCCGAUGAUCGGGGAGCCACCGCCAAUGGUGAGGAGCGGUCACGUGAGACCAUCCGCAAUGCCCAGCGACCCCGGGUAAGACGUACACUCGAAAAGGCCUGGCCUAUCGGAGAGCAUUUGAAAAUCGAUAAAACUGAAGACCUCUUUGCCUGGAUUGGUGAUUGCAUAGCGGAGGUGGUUGGCGACCGUCUGAGUGCCGAUGCGGCUCGAGUGGAAGCUCCGGUGGAGCUCGACAUGGGUAUCACCUUCAGCUUCCCAAUGAUGCAGGACAAUCUGGCUACUGCCACUCUCCUGCCCAUGGGCAAAGGCUUUACCCUCGACUCAGAUCUCGAUCUUGGCUCGACACUGUUACAAGGCUAUGCUCGACACACACGCCGGCAAUCCCCUACCACUUCAGAGCCCCGAUCAAAGCGCCGGAGACUCGGUCCCUUGCCACGUCUGAAGAUUGCCGCUAUUACUAACGACACGAUCGCUACACUGGCUUCGUUGGCCUACAGCGUCAAGUCCCUGCCAAACUCUCGAGUGGCUGCCGGUAUUAUUGUCGGGACUGGAUGCAACGCAACAAUUCCCAUGAAGUUCGAGGACCUGAGUGCCGAGAAAGUCGCCCAUGUCAAGAAAGGUGCGCCUGAGGCAACCCAAACUGUUGUCAAUACCGAAAUGACCAUCUCCGGUGCUUGUGGUCCCCUCAAGCCCAUUACAACCGAGUGGGACCGUCAAUUAGAUGCAGCAUGUGCUCGCCCCGGAUUUCAGCCCCUCGAAUAUAUGACAGGAGGUCGAUAUAUUGGUGAGCUCGUCAGAAUAGUCUUUCAUGACUAUAUGACCAGAGCCCACAAACCGCCGCUUGACUCGGCGCAACUGCCGGCGACAAUUGUUCAUAGCUACAGCUUCACGACGACCUUUGUGAGUGCUGUCGUCGCUCGCGCAAGAACAGAUGCCGAACUGGCAGGCGAGCUCAAGCGGCGAAUACCACCCCCUGAGUCAUCCAACUGGGCCUGGUCACCUCAUUCUGCUGGAGCGUUGCGGAAGAUUGCGCACCUUGUCCAGGUCAGAUCAGCUGGUCUCAUUGCUGCCAGUACUGUCGGACUAUUGAAUGCAACCGGUGAGAUUGCUCUGCUGGAGCCCAAGCCCAAAACAUCCGAGGACGUAGUCAUGGAAAGUGAUAGCAAGCCGCCAUCUCCCACUUCAAAGGGCAAGGGUCUCCCAAAACUUGACCGUAAUAUGCGCGAUGGUCUAUCGCCGGCUCCUGGAGUGAGCGCGUGGAAAGCUGGUCCGGAAGAGAUUGUCAUCGCUUACACCGGCGGCAUCAUUCAGCACUACCCCAACUUCAAAGAACAGUGCCAGCGAUUCAUCGACCGGCUUGUUAUGCGGGCUGGACCGCAAGAUGGCGGUAAAAGUGUCUUCCUGCGGGAAGCGCGAGACGGCGGCAUCAUAGGCGCAGGUGUUCUGGCGGGAAUGCAGGCAACAAAGGAGUUGGGCUGA